AUGCUUUACGAACGUACAAGGUUCAGAGAUAAAUUACCACAGGUUCCCCUCUAUACUGACGAAGCAGUAUUCACUUCUGGUCCCUUAAAUAUUGGAGUAGAAAAGAACAUUCUUACCCAUGAAAGCCGAACCUCUUUUAUGUGUCGGGACUGUUCUUCUCAAAAGGCUACCGAUGAGUCGAAGAAAAAAGCUGCUGGGAGUAGCAGCCACGCCACCGGAGAGCUGGCAUUAUACGCGCACCACGGCCAGCUGCAUCAUACAGACAAACCAACCCAUGUUGAGGUUCUGCCAUCCUCCUUUUACGACCCGUACAGCUGGCUCCAAGCAUCUCAAGAAUUGUACCGUGAAGGCUUCACCAAAAAUGCUUGGAUAGCCCUUUCACACAGAAAGCGCGCCACUUUGAACACUCACAAUGUCGUCCGCGCUGCGUGUUGUGUUCGCGUGCUUCCUCAGUUGGAUGUAAUCAAGGCUGCACUCAAGAAGCCCGCUGCGGAUCAACGUCGGGAGUGGUACGAAAUGUGGGAGUCAGCAUCCGCGUAUGGCGGCGACAGCCGCAAUGGAACUGGAACCCGACUACGUGGUUCGCCCUCCGACGAAGCCUCCAUGGCAUACAUCCCCACGCCGCACAUUUGGGCCGCAAUUAGUAAGCCAGAGGGGCAUGAAAUUAACGUGCACGACGCCUUUACUGGUGCACGCCUCCUACGCAUCUCGGAGCCUAAAGGACAGCUAACUGUAACCAGUCUCCUUCAUGCUCCUUUUCGCGGCUUUAUGGAUCGACAACUGAGGGUGAUAUCUAUUCACAAACCAAAGGACUUACUUCGCUUAAAAACUCAGCAGCUAAUCGAGACCGACUACGUUUGGGUGGGGUUUACGGACGGUUCGGUCAGACUGUUUCCGGCCAACCCGAAUCGCAUUCGCAACACGGAUCGUUCCGAGCAAAUGGUGAAGGGUGAACUCGAGGACGUAGUUUUUGAGCUUCCCAAGUACCACAACGCCAGUAUCGUCGCCAUUUCACGGAGUCCCUGUCAUGAAGAUGACAAGGGCAUGGACUUAUCGACCAUGAACCGGCUUAGCGCGGCCAUUCAAUAUAUGACUGCAGCCAGCGCUAAGAGCUCCGAAGACAGCCGAGAGCAUCUUUCUCUAAUGUGCACGGCAUCCGUCGAUUCAUGCAUCGUGGUAUGGGAUGUUCGCAAAAUCUAUCAAACCAUGGAGGCUAUGCGAAACCACAAAGCAGGGGGGACCCUUCGGGGCCCCAAUUCACGUGGAACUAAAUGGGGGGAUUACAAGGACGCGUCUUUGGGUGCUGUGGAUAGCGUAUUCUGUCCGGAUUCAGCCUCCAGCGAAGUGGUUACUAUAGAUGGUUAUUCCUCGGGAUCGUGUGACCAUAAGAAGAUCUUUUCCAUCCGCUCCACCUGCACGAUGAUCAAGGUGCGACCGAUAUUAAAACUGAAGGGAGGUGUGACAGCUUUGAAAAGCAUCCAGUGGGUAUCUACCCUUGUCACCACCGAGGGUUAUCAAGUAGGUCGUCGUGUAGUUGAUGUCACUCGCGAUGCACAGGAGCAAAGAGCUCCUAAGUUUGUGAAAAACUGCCGUGAUGUUCAGCGACUAACACGGUUUCAGCGUCGUGAGGAGCAUCGCCGUGUGCUGAGGCUAGAUGAAAGCGAAAUGCAAGAAGUGGAAGAGGAGCUAAAGAGUCUCAUGCCCGCAUUGUCAGACGAACCUAUGCAAUCUCUACGAAUUAACUUGAUUAUCGCCGGCGACAGUGUAGGCUCGAUUCAUCUGUGGAAUCUCGAUGAGGAACUGCGUUACAAGCAAAUGCAAGAUCCAUUUGAUUGUGGUGUCGGGCUUGAGAAAUAUGAUGUUAGUCCACAACAAAUUGGCUCUCCGAUCGGGACGAUACCCGACGGCAGCUCCGUGAGCAUGCGGAACCUCUCCGUAAGCCCUGGACGCACCAGUCUUGGGUCCCACCAGAUGUGUUACAGCACUGCUAGCCCAUCCGUCCAUAUGAGUGCUAUAGAAAGCGUUUCGAAGGCCCCUCGAAGUGCGAAAAUCAAGGGAAAAGAGCCGAAAACUGCCCCAAAGAGAGUCACUAGCACAGUCACUGUUCCAUUGCUCAGUGGCCCAUCAAAAGGCCAUGCGCCUCUUUCUGCACAAAAGAAAACUGGUGCUGUUAUUCUGGGGAAAGAAGCCAAAUCAUCCCUGUUAAGUAGACCAAAGGUAGUGGCUGCAGCUGACAGCGUGACAACUGUGCGGACGACCAAGCGUCCCUUGUCGUCUGUCACUCCGUCUCGGUGGAGGACCCCUGGCCGUCCAAAGGAAGAAAAACAUUCCAAGGAUGCUAUUGAACCUCCAAUGGUUAAAGCAGAAGCGACCCAUCUUCUUCAGGGUCGAUUUAGUAGGCUACAGAAGCUAGCGACCCUACAGCGCGAUGUGCACGUCCCUCUGAAAGCGAUCAAUGCUAUCAUGAAUUCCAAUGACAUGAUCUUGACAGCAAACAAUAACCCUUCUAAUGAGGCCGCUUCGAAUCCUCAAGCUAAGCGGCGGUCUAACGUCGCUUCAAGGAUGUCAACGCCAGCAAAAUCCACCAAGUCCAUUCGUCAGAGGAUCUCACAAAAUCAAGUAAAUGCUACAAAGGAAGAGAAAAAAACAACUUCUGUUUCCUUAUCAUGCCGAAAGGGAGGGGAAUCACAGACCACUGACCGUGCUACUCAAAAAAAUACUAAUACUCGGGGGAAAGUCCUAAACAACUUACUAUCCACACAGCGAAAGGCCAGCACGAGCCCUAAACCUGUAACACGAAAAGACAUCCUGAGCCGUGUGUCUAAGUGUCGCAUUGAGUUCACAGGUGGAGUUGCCAUCACUGGUAUGGCUGUAGACAUCCCUAAUACUCUUCGGAUCACGCUACGCCAAUCUCCCAACCCUGUGGAACGACUUUUUUCCCUAGUGGAAGAGCCCUCACCGGAGGAAGUGGAACGACGGAGAUUGGAAAAUUCAUUUGAGGAGAUGACAGAGGAUAAGGCACUCUUUUUUGUCUUCCAGAAAUUACAGCUAUAUGUGGCAGUGGAGGGGAUAGUUCUAAAUCUUGAAUGCACACCGUCUUGGCAUGAAGACGCCGACGGGUAUGACUAUUUCAAGCAAUUGAAGAACUUAGAUCAGGGAGAUGUAAUGUCCUCCCUUCUCGCGUCUACUCAAAUAGAGGAGAUACCUGUAGUUGGAGAGGUGGGAUUCCCCUGCUUCAAUGUACAACUACGGAGGAGAACCCUAGAGGUACACUCUCAGCCUGUAAUAAAUCUUUUUUUUGACAACACCCGCGGGUUGAUAUGGGUGGCGCGCAACGACGGUCUCCUUUCGCUCUUUUCAAAACACACAAAGCGAAUCGUGACACGUAUAGCGCAUCCCUGCGCGGAUUCUGCACUUGGACCACCACUUUACGCGGAGUGGGAAAAACAACAGCAAGCUUAUCUUCGGGAGUCCAACCUAGGGCACUCACACCUUCGCCUGGAGCGGCAUGAGGAGACCAAAGGCUAUGAACCUGCCCAUUUUAACAGUUUCUUGCCCUUUUCCAAGAGAUCACAAACUACAUUGAUAUUGCUCUCUGGCCGGCAACAAACCCACAUGGAGGCCUUUAUGUUUGGUGAUCCUCAUUCGCUUUGGUAUGAAGCUGAGAAGUACGCUAAUUCCUUUGGAUUAACUAGAUCUUUUGACACACGUAACUGUAGCGGGCAUUCUUCCUUAGGGUUGGUUUUCAUACAAGCCCAAAAGCUUGAUGGGCGCUCGGAUAUGGAUGUGCAUGCAUGUUGCCGCGAAAUGUGCUCAAGUAAUUUGUUUUAUCGAUUUCUUUGCUACCGUGGCAGGGCUGACCAAGUACGCCGUGCACAGAAGGACAACUACCAGUUUGAGUGCAACCUUAUCAGUGACCGUGUGCGUUAUAUAAUGCAAGAAUUAUUAACCUGCACAUCCUUCUUGACUCUUUCUCGGUGUUAUGACAUUUGGAAGAAGCAUUCAAUGAACUAUCGUCGCGAACACACUUUGAGGCGCCAACGCGCGUCGCGAAUUCAACAGCUGGCUCCUAUUGCCAAUAAUGCGAUGCGAAACACAACAAUUACACAGCAGGGCCGAUGUUUUUACGUUUGGUUUAGUUGGUAUGCUAGAAGGGUCCUAAGGUACAGGGAACACAUACAACAAAAGUUUUAUAUUCACUUGAUGACACCUACACGACGUCUUCCGACAGGGAAGAUGAUGCAGUGGCUUUGGGAGCAACACACACAAGCCCAAGUUUUUAAAUUCUGGAAAAAUUUAGUAGGGAAAAAUGCUCCUCUGAUUCGAAAUGCGCAUUCCAUCUCAAUGACUUCUACACGAACUCUGUCACCGAUACCUACCCCUAUUGUUGCCUUUAAAAGUGCCCUCCAGGGCUGUAAUAAUUUGAUGAACAUCAGUCCACUUGUGCGCACCGAAACUCGUACUUAUCUAGCUGGUUCAGAACCUCAAGCUCCUGGAUUUAUUAGAAAUGUUCCGGAAUACCACACACAACCGGGUAAGUAUUACUGCAAUGACGAUAAUGUAUUUAGAAAACAAGACAAACUUAUGUCAGCACCAAACUAUACCUGUUCCACACUUCACAUUGACCCAUUCCAUCAAGAGAAAGAAAAUAUUACUUCAACUGGUGCCUUUACUGAAUCGCAUCGUGAGGACUCCAAUCUUGUUUUAACAUUUCUUGAGAUAAUGGUCUUGCUUUUUGAUUCACGGCAUGUGAUGAUGAAAUUCAAAGAGAGCAACUCAUCCUCACAGAGUGUUCUGGAUGAGUCCUGGCUCUCCAUUGUGGAGAGUAGUGAGGAGGGUGCCAAAGUAAACGACGAAGAUGGGCACCGCUUAGCCGUCUUUUCAUAUGCCCUACUCCCACUUUUGCAAGGAUUCCUAUCAACAGCUUCAGAUGUCCUUUCCAAUCUAAACGAUCCGUCUGUAUCCGAUGAAGUGGCUUCCUUGAUGUGUGGGGUGCAACUCUGCAUGGAUUACGUCACAGCUGAUUCCGUGUAUUACUUGGAGAGCUUGUUGGUGCGAGAACAAACAGUGUGUAGUGAUAUUUCCACAGGUAUUUUUUCCACUGACAGCGUAAAUGGAUUGUCCUCUGUUGGUUAUGACAGCAAACACAUGGAAUAUAAUACAAAUGGAACGGUAUAUGCAUUAAAGAAUGCGCGACUGCAAAAUAUAGAGAAACCGUUGAACAAAGUCAACACUUCCGAUCCAAGACGACAUGUCCUACAAAUGGAUAGUAAUCUCGAAAAAACGAUGAAUCCGCACCUUAUGUCGCCGAGCACCGUUUUUCUGAGCAUAAUGAGAUUUUUCGUGCAUAAAGCAAUGAAGGAUCAAGAAUGUCUGGAUGCCUUGAGGGAAGUGACUCGUGAGAAAGAAAGCUUAGAGGCAUUUAUUACAUUUUUAGAAGAUGAGAACGCUGUGGAGCGACGAUGUCCACUUUUCACGUAA